AUGAGCAUCCCUGCCAUCGAGGUUAUUGAGAUUCGGCCCGAUGCUGCAGAGGCGAGCAGCGAUGUUUCGCAGACUGGAAGUGGUAACUCAGAAACCACCGAUGUUUUCGCGGAGCAGAGCGAAGGUGGCUAUCUGGAUGAAGGCGCUACAGGAGCCGUUGCAGGGGAGCAAGAAUCCUGGGCUGUGGCUCAGGAGGAGCCAAACGUAGCAGAAAAGCUGGAUGAACGCGCCGCAGGAGCCGUUGCAGGGGAUCAAGACUCAUGGGCUGUGGCUCAGGAGGGGUCGGAAGUUACUCAAAAGCUGGAAAAAUCAGUGACAGCAGAGAAUCAGGAAGCUGCGACGUCAGAGAAGAAUGACGAAAUCUCGAAAGAUCAGGAAAGCGUUGCUGAAAACCCGGAAGCAGGGUCACUUGGUGACGUCGAAGCUUCGUCGAACGGAGCUGGGGAUGUAGAGGGUGCAUUAAAAGGAGAGGAAACUGUGACGAGAAAUGUCGAGAAUGUGGACAAUGCGGAGAACUCGGGUCAUGCGGAGAGAGCGGAGAUUGCGGGGCGUGCUGCAGGACUAGGCGACGUCUACGCGGUGGCAGAGGGAGGAGUGAUGGACCGUCUUCGAACCCUCUGUCUCGCGCCGGCCGUCGCGGCGACUCUCGCGCGUCGUCUGCAGGGAAAGCGGGAUGGCGACGCGGCAGCCAUGGCUGCAGGCACCGGUAGCAGCGGAAGCAGCAGCGGUAGCAACGGAACCAGAGUAACUAUUAUCUGGGACAACAAUGCGGACAAUGGCUUUAACUCUCUGUUUGCCGGGCCACCGAGGGUUGAAAGUCUGGCGGGAGUGCCGUCCGAGAUGCUCGCUGACGUGGCUGUCGAGGAGACGUUGGAUGAAUCGCGCAAGGGGAGAUUGACGGCCGAGAUUGAGGUGGCUGUCUCUGAGUGCAAGGGGAACGAAUCGACCGAGACCAGCACUAUCAGCGCCAGUAGCGAGUCUGUUCGCCUGCUGCUGUCUGCAGCGGUUGCAGAGCUGGUUGCGGCAAGUGGCAGCGGCGAUACCGACGGCCGCGUUAUUCUGUCACCUCAGGAAAUCUGCACUGCGCGGAGGCUGGAGGCGGCCUGCCUGGGCGGGGUGCGGCCGUCAGCAGGCGUGGCGGCCAUCAUGCGCGCCCAACCCGCCUCCGCCCUCUCGGCCCUCCCCCACUCCACCGCCGUGUAUCUCGAGAGGGGAGCUGCCGCUGCACCAGGCGCUGGAAAUGCAGCAGGCGUAUCAGGGGCAGACGCACGAGCAGCAGAAGGAGCUGCUGCUGCAGCAGCAGGGGGGACGUGUGGCGGCUGUGCGAACGAUCCCCUUCUGAACUGCACCAUUCGCACUCUCGCCUGGCGGUACCUCCGUGCGGGCUCCACCCCUCCUUCCUCCCCCUCCACCUUUCCCUCCUCCCACUCCUCUCCACUCUCGCCCUCUUCCUCCUCCCCUUCCUCUCCCGCCUCUCCGUCCUCUCUCUCCCCCGAGACAUCCUUCAUCGUGGCUGCGUUUGAGCCCGAGAACGCUGCGGCUGUGGCGGCCAGCUUCCACCCCUCCCGCGCGCCGCUCCUCCUCCCCGUCUCACAAGCCCGCCUGAAGCGCUGCUCUCGCUCCUCCUCCUCCCCAGCAGCUAGAAGACUGCUUCAGGAGUCCAGUGCUUCGGAUCCAGCUGCUGCUGCUGCUGCUGUUAGUGAUGAUGCUGCCUCCGAUGCUGCUGAUACUGCUGCUGGUGAUGCCACUGGUGCUGGUACUGCUCCUGGUGUGGACGUGACUGUGUGGGAGGGUGACAGUAGCGAGUGGAGCUGCCCGCAGCUGCAGGUGGCGGAGGCGUGGGUGGUGUCGGCAGCAGCGGCGCUCAUCCACACCCGCGCGUCUCUCGAGGCCCGCUUCCUCCACGCCCAGGCCACCGCCGGCACUGCUAGGGGGAUCCUCUCAGGGGCUACAAGGGGAGGAGAAGGAACCGUGGUGGAAGAGGGAGCAGAGGGAGCAGACGCUGAGCUGAGUGGCAGCAGCAGUGGCAGUAGCAGCAGCGGAGUUUCGUUUGUGGUGGAGCCAAGUGUGUGUGAGGCGCCUCCUGCCGCAUCAUUUAAGGGCACAGCGGAGAGGUUUCUGCGCCAAUUUAUCGUGGAUGAGAAGCUCAAGACAAUCUACUGCUUUGUGCCCAAGGUCGCGUGUACAAGCUGGAAAACCUGGUUUCGGCAGCAGCAGCAGGGGCAGGGGCAGAAAAACAUUUCGGACGUGUACCUCACGCACGACCACUACAAGAGUGGCUUGCGUAUUCUCGCAUACCACUAUAACGAGUAUCAAGUGAUCCGGCUGCUCACCCGCCCGGAUUUUUUCAAAUUCUCGUUCAUUCGGAACCCGUACGCGCGGCUAGCUUUGGUGUAUUUCAACAAGCAUGUGAACGGAGGCCCGCCGUUCGGGCGGCAGUUUUGGAACAAGAUGUUUUUCCGGGGUAUUACCCCGUACAGGAAAUUGGUGGAGGAGCAAGGAGGGAAGGACCUGUUUGGGUUCAGCGACUUUGCGUAUCUGCUGAGGAGUGUGGAGGAGAGGGUGAGAAGCUAUAUGGAGUCCCACGUGCAGCCUCAGGUGAGAGAGAGCAAUGGGGAUGAGAAUGUGGGGGACGAGAGAGAGGGUUUAUAG